CAUUUAGAGGAUCCAUCAUCAGAAGUCUCCUGUCCUCGGAGAUGGCUGUGGCAGAAGGCAACUGGGUUAAGCUAGAGCAGAAUGGAACAGGGCCUGGGGCAAGAAGCUCACAUGCAAUUGCCAUAGUAGGACAGAAGGUGUAUGCAUUUGGGGGUGAAUUCACGCCUCGUGUUCCUGUGGAUAACAAGCUCCACGUCUUCGAUCUUGAAACUCUGACAUGGACUGUGGCUGAAGUUUCCGGCGACAUCCCACCGCCGCGCGUCGGCGUUACAAUGGCCGCGAUCGGAGAUACAAUCUAUGUGUUUGGCGGUAGGGAUGCUGAGCACAAAGAGCUGAAUGAGCUGUAUUCUUUUGAUACGAAGACUAACAAGUGGGCCUUAAUUUCGAGCGGAGACGCCGGACCACCUCACCGGAGUUACCACUCAAUCACCGCCGAUGACCGGCAUGUUUAUAUCUUCGGUGGCUGUGGUGUCUCCGGCAGGCUCAAUGAUCUGUGGGCAUUUGAUGUUGUUGAGGACAAGUGGGCACAACUUCCCUCAGCUGGGGAAAAUUGCAAGGGGAGAGGUGGGCCUGGGCUUGCUGAGGCCCAAGGAAAAAUAUGGGUUGUUUAUGGGUUUACGGGGGACGAAGCCGAUGAUGUGCAUUGUUUUGAUCUGGCCCAAAAGAGCUGGGCCCAGGUGGAAACAACUGGUGAGAAGCCCACUGCUCGCAGCGUCUUCUCUAGUGUUGCCGUUGGGGAACACAUAUUCAUAUAUGGCGGUGAGAUAGAUCCUAGUGACCAGGGUCACUUGGGCGCCGGCAAGUUUUCCGGCCAGGUUUAUGCCUUGGACACAAGUACAUUGGCAUGGAAACGAUUGGACGAUAAGCCGGAUUCCGGUGGCCAUCCAGGACCUCGGGGGUGGUGUGCAUUUGCCGGUGGUCGGAGGGAUGGCAAAGAGGGAUUGUUGGUGUAUGGAGGGAAUUCGCCGAGUAAUGAUCGUCUUGAUGACAUUUUCUUUUUCACUCCUCUCUGAGUUUCAUGUGUGUAAAAUUGCGUCGUGUUGUGAAUGUAUAGGGUCGUGGUGGCAGCAUAAUGGUAAUUGGGAUGUGAUCUUAGCUAGGAAAGUUUGGUGUGUGGUGUGACAUAUUAGUCCACUUUGGAUAGUGCUUGUGUGUUGAAAUGAAGUUGCCACAAUGACUUGAAGUUGAAAGUUUAUGCUUGAUAUCGGACUC